AUGGAGGGAGUUAGUUUGAAAGACCGAUAUGGUCUAAAGUCAGCAUUUACAAAAUGUGGCAGAGUCUUUGUCCCGCAUGGUUCAGAUGCUGCUAAUGGAGACUCUUCAGACAAGGGGGAAUUCGAAAGCACCAAUGAGAAAAUGUGUGUUGAGAUGAACAUUGACACAAAGUCAGAAAUAAUUUCUCCAGUGGAGAAUAAAUUCACAGAAAUAGUGGAAAGUAGUGGAGAACUUUCUUCUAAAGAGCCAGCAGACAUACCCUCAAAAGACAAUCCAAGAGUUCAGCUAGAAACAACUCAGGGUGAACAUGACCAAACUAGCCCAUCAGAAACUGACAAAUGUGAGCAGUCCAAGACAUCUACAUCGAACGAGGCAGAAUGCCUCCAGAACACCAGCAAAGAUGAUUCCAUUGCCAAUCAAGCAGAUGAACCCACAAGUCCUCCCAGAGGUCCUGAUCAAUCCAUGUCCACUUUCCCUAAAGCAGACUCUCCUGAGAAAACCAAAAAAAAAUCCAAACGUCCUGUUUACAGUGCAAUAUCUAUAAGUAAAUUGAAGACGGUGCUCAUAAGGGGAAUGCAGUCUAUGUCUUCUUCCCCUGGUGGUGAUAAAGUAUCAGAGCCGAAGUCAAAAAAACUGAAAUGUGAAAGCAUCAUGGAUGACAUCAGUAAUAAACAAUUAAAAGAUGAAGGGUUCCAAUCUGUAAGUGAUGUGCCACAGCAAACCUCGUUAUCAGAUGGAGGCAAGCCAAUGAAAACCCUUUCAAAGACUAAGGAAUCUGUGUCGUGGGGAAGCAAGCCCUCAAAAGAAAAUGGGUCUCUUAAUUUUCACACAUCAGCUGCUUGCGAAAUAGUAAAACAAGUCAACGAGCAUAUCCUACCUUUGCCUUUUGGGGAUGGGGUGGGCAGAAUUAGCUCCGAUGGCAAGGGCAGUGCCGAGAAAUUCCACAUGGGUGCGACUCUGCCCUCAGAUGCUCUAAGUAUACUUGCCGAUUUGGCCCUUGGUGCAAGUAACAAAACGAUAACGGACUUAGGAGUUAAACCUGGCAAAGAGAUGACUGCUGGAGUUAAAGGCAGUGGCUCUCCACAGUCUGUUCUUCAUGCUCUUCUGCGGUGCCCAUCCACCAAAAUUAAAUUACCCCCAAGAUCUCCUUUCCCUGAGGGUCUUUUAGUGACCGGGGAAUUCGUUUUGGAAAUAUCAAAAGAGCAUUCUUACUCACAGCCCACCUCUCCGCUAUCAGGUUUGUCUGGUACAUUGCCCCAGAGUUGCUCUCGAUUUGGAUAUGUACAAUCUCCUCUGGCCUUGAAGUCUGGACUACAUCUGAACUUGCCUGUAGAUGCAAAAUCAUUGUGUCAGAACGAUGGUGGCAAAACAGAAUGGAAAUCUCUGAUUUCUCCAAAUAAGACGUUACCAUCUAACGUCAAGACAAAAACACGGAAGUCAAGGAACUUUCAGAACAGACAUGUAAUUGAAAACAAUGAAUCGAUUCAAGUUGUGAGGGUUUGGCGAGACACGUAUGAGUUUAAAUACGACAGCAAGUUCACCAAUGAUGAUUUAGACAAAGCUGUUAUGCGGGCGCUUCAUGGCAAAUGGAACUUCGACAUUGAGGAUACUUAUGAGGAAGUACAUCAAAUUUUUCACAUGUGGAUUGGGCUUUUCUAUAGUAGAACCACCUCUAGGUUAUUUCACCUUGAAAAUAGUCCAGCAUUUCCAGGUGGGAAGGACAUUAAAGAUGUCAGUGUUACACAGGAUGCAGAUACCAUUCAGACUGGUAUGCCAUCACUUAAUGUUGAAUUUAACCUAAAAGAGAACUUGCCCAAGACCUUGCAUCCAAAUUCAGAGAUUCUGGAUCUUUCUGUGAAAAACGGAGAGCCUGUGAAUCUCCAUUUGUACUCAAAACAAAGCAGAAGACAUGUUGCAGUAUCAUAUCCUGGAGUAGUAUCUCAUGAAAGAGCACCAAAGCAUUCACCUUCAGGAAGAAGUCUGUCCUACAGUCCUAAAGUUAAAGAAUUGAUGAAUCAUAGAUCUGCUGUGGUCAUACCAGUUGAAAAUGUGGUGUCUGACAGUGAAGAUGAUGAUGAAAAUGACAUCAUCACUGAUUGCUCAUACACCCAGAUCUUGGAAGGAAACAGUGCAUACGGUCAGUUGUGUGAGCAAGCAUCAAAUAUGCACAUAAGUAUUCGACCAUACCUGCAAGUGGCAAAGGUCAUUAAUGUUUCCAAAAAUGUUGCACCCACUAGCGCAACUUCUCUGGUUCGCAAAGACACUGGUGUUUUCCAUCAAGUAAUUUCUCCCAUAAAACCUUCAGCAUUCUCCAGAUGUCAUAGUUUGGUUUUGGGCACAAAUAUUUUUGAACAGAGUUGUAAAGAUAAAGCCCGGAGUGAAGCGACAAUUGUACAGCAAAAAAAGGACAAUGUGUCUGAGAAUGCAACUUUCCAGGCGCAUAAAAGCCAGGAUGGUUGCCCAGGGUCUGUAGAUAAUGAAAAUGUUGACAAGGCCUUAAAAUUUACAGAUGCUGGUGGAUCGCCUGUUUCGGGAAAGAAGGAAGGUAUAGCUGAAACGAAAGACAUUAUAGAGGUCCCAGAUGAAGACAGUCGGGAUGAAGUUCUGACAGUUGUGGAAGAUGGAAGCCUUGAGGAAAAAACAACAUCCAAAAGUCCUAGUAGAGAUCAGUCCAGUGUUGCAGGGAUUAAACCUUCGCUAGAUCUAAACAAUCACACAAUUGAGUGUGAUGCUCAUGUUGAUGGGCUGAAAGAUAAGGUAUCACCUGAGAACAGUGUUGAAGAGCAAAAAGAGACUAAUAAUGAACUUGAACCUUUGGUUGAGCAUGAAUAUCACACAAAUGUGGCCGAUUCAUCAUCCCUGUUUGUUGAUGGGAACAACACUAAAGAGCCUGUGGAGGAGAAAGAUAAAGGCUCUACACUAGGAGAAACAAUGCAAGAAGAUCAGAGUAAAUCAGAAGAAAGGACUAACCUGCAUGGCAGUGACUCUGAAUGCAAAAUGCCCAAAGCAGAAGAUAAGUCAGUUGUGGAUCUAAAUGAUGAUCCAAACAGUGUUGAUAUGGAAUUCAGUGAGGAGGAUUCAGAUGACAAUGCUGUGAUAGAUGUUUAUGCAUUGAAUAUCCCCAGUGUCAAAACAUUGGAUUCUGAGCCCUUAAAUUGUGUUUCCAUCAAUGAGGACCAUGAUGACAAAAUGGAAGCAAAUGAUACACAAUCUGAGAAGCCAGUGGUACUUCAUGAGGGUGCAAAGCUUGAAGAUAAUGUCUGUGAUGAAACUGAUAGCAUUUCAAGUUCAGGUGAUGUGACUGUGAUUGAGCCAAUGUCUGGUAAAGAGACCACCCUAACUUCUGAUAAUGAUUCUUUUGCAGAAAUGCAAACUGGAAGUGACAAUGUGACCCUUGAGCAAAAGAUUGUGGCACAGGAAGCAGCCCUUGGCAUGUGUGAGAAUGAGACAAAACUAACACAUAUCACUGAAUCUAGCAAUUUAGAAAUGAGUCUCUCAGAUAAAGAUAAGGAAAGAUGCCAGCAGGAUACAACCAUUGAUGAUAUAGUUGCAGUUGAUGAAAAUGUUCAUGAGAAAGAUACACAAAGUCAGACAUCAUACUCUUGUGAAGACAAUACCCAAGUAAUAGAUGCACACCAGAAAUCCCAGUCUCCCAAAAUUUGUACAUCAUCUCUCAAUAGCACCACUAACAACUCUGAUGAAAAGUUAGCAACUCAAGUUUUGAACCAAGCCUCAGAAGGUGAAAUCAACAGUACGUGUUCAACACCAACUCGGGAUGAGGUUUUAUAUGAUUCAGAAACAAGUGAAUGUUCCAAAAAAGUCUUGGAUUUCAGAGAACGUUUAAAUAGAGUUCUGCGUCAUACAGACAACACUGAUCACAAUAUCACCGAGCUGUCACCUAAAACUUCCUUGAGUCCUCGUUCCCAUGUGUCCUUCUCCAACUUAACAGAACAUGGUGAUGAAACCCACUCUGAAGAGCCAGAGUUGAUACAGAGCAAAUACACUGACACAAUGGAUUUUACAGUUAAAGAUAAGUCAACCUGUUCACCCAAUGAGAACCCAGAGAUCCAGUUUGAGCUUAAACUCUGUCCCACCUCCCAACAAAAUGAUGAACAGGUAAACAUCAAAGAGAGCGUAUCUCAAAAAGACUCUGAACGGUCAUACAGAGACUAUAAUGUAGACGAGAUGCAUGGAUAUUAUCACAAAUCUCCAUCUGAUGAACAUUCAGCAUGGCCUGAUUGUAAAACGAAUGGACCUGAUAGUCAGCAAUUUGAUGACGAUUAUCAUUUUGAUGACGAUUAUUAUGAUACCAGUUAUCAAGUGUACAAUACAUCUGAGGAUGUAGAUGGUUCCUAUGAACCAGAAAUGGAAGAGAUGGGUGACUUGUGUUGGGAAAAGAAGAAUUAUCAAUCAGAAUCUCCAUCUACUUUGGAUGUUGCCAACAGAAGAGGUGAUAGUCUCAAAUAUCAGACCAAGGUCACCUAUACUCCCCAUUAUGCAACAAGCAUAGACAGUAUGGAGUUUGACCGAACUUCAGCAAAGAGACGUAGAAAGGAAAAAUUCACAGAUGUCUUCUAUCAGAAUGCUGAGUGGGAUAAGGAAGAUUCUUUGAGUUGUACUGUGGACUACAGCACUGGAAAAACAUCUUACUUUGAAACGUAUCAACCAAAGCCAACUAGGACAGUCACCGUUAAUUCUCUCUCACAAGGUAGAAGACACAAGCAGCAAUUUGACUGGCGCAAGUAUUUCAGAAGGGAGGCGGUUUCCAGGCAGUUAUAUGAUAGUGAUAAUGAGAGGAACACCAGAUUCGACAUCCCACCGUCAUCCAUUGUCAGCAUCCUUGAUAAGAAAGGGAGCAGAGUUAUAUUCGAGAACUCUACCACUACGAAACCAUGUGUAGAUACAAAUAAAACACCUACAAGAUCUCAAGACACUUCACACCACUGGCAAGAUCAACAAAGCGAGGCUGAUGUGACUCAAUCUUUAGUCGAUCUUGAAUACCUCAUCUUCUCAGAAAAACUAAAUAGUAUUCUCAAAGAAAGUAGAAGUUCUUUUCAUUUCUCAUCGCGCUCUGUGUCAAAUACUGAACGUGCUAGUUUUCCAGUGACUGUUCGGUUUUCGGAUCCCAAUGAACAAGAGAGCUCCAUUGAACUUGGCAGAGUUCGACCAUCAUUUCCACAGUUCAAAAUUAAAGUGGACUUGUCAGAUAGGAAGGAGAAAAGGGCACGUGCCAGAAAGCGAAGACAUGGCUGUGAAUCUGGCAGUGAGGCUUCAUGCUCCACGAUCUCUGAAACAACAGAACGAUCUGCUGCUUCACACAGGUCCAGCAUAAGGAAGAAUAUUUCUCCACAAACUGAGGCCGUCAAACGCAAAUGGGAGCAAGAUAGUGACAGCCAACAGUCGGGAUUCUGUGUCAAACAAGAUGUGUUUGAAGAUCUAAAUUUUAUUGUUAAGCAAGAAUGCAGCAAUAAGUAUAGGUUCUAUAUCCUUGUCACGUCAGCAGAUGCCUUCUUUGAAGAAACCAGGAAUCUGUUAAUGAAAAAUGGCCACAUACCUGUCGAGCCACAUGAGUUUGACCUCAGUGACAAUAAUCAGUCCCCUCUUCUCAUUAUAUUGAGGAAUGAGGAUAUUGCUGAACACAUCAGUGAGGUGCCCUAUUUGCUGGAAUUGAAAAAGUCGUCUAAUGUCCUGUUUGCUGGCAUUGAUCGACCCGAUGACGUGGUGAAUUUUACCCAUCAAGAGCUUUUCGCUAAUGGCGGUUUUAUAGUGUGUGAUGAACUGGCUUUCGACACACUUACUCUAGACAACAUGAAGAAAGUUGUGGGGAUCCUGGAUGAAUUGGAAAAAAAGGGAAAAUGGAAAUGGUUUCUCCACUACAAAGACAGCCGCAAGCUUCGGGAAAGCGCAAGGUCGAGUCGUGAGGCAAGUAAGAAGCAGAGCUUCAUAGAUUGGUGCCAGGAGGCUGGCAUAGUCGAAAUCUUGCCCUAUCAUGACUGUGAUGUCAUAUCGAGGGGUCGACCAGACUACCUCUACUGUUUGACUCGUCUCCAGAUGCAAAACUCUUCGGUUCGGUUUCCUGUGUUUAUUACAGACACGCCAACUGAUGUUUUUGAAAGAAAUGGGAUUUUAACCAUGAACAUUUUUACAUUCUCACGGAUUCUUUCAAAAGACUCUUGUUCUGUAUCAUAAAGUUGUAGUUAUUUCAUGCAUCUUCAGUUUAGUGACGUUUUUAACCAAAUAUACACUUUUGUUAAUAGUAAUAAUUUAUUGUUCAUCAUCACAAGUAUUCUUGUUAAUCUGUUAUGUAUUGCAUAGAAACAGUUUGUAAAUGAGAGGCAUAUGGAAUAGCACAAACGUUUGUCAUGAAAAUGUUUUAAAUAUUUUAACUUGACUUCAUGUUUUUAUAGAUAACAUUGACUGAAACUCUAAUAAACGGGUUGAUUUAG